UGCUCUGAUUUCAUUUCUAGUAUCUCUUGCUACCCCGCGCCAAACGAUUCACAAGCGGCGGCGGCCAGCCAGUUGUCAUUGUAGCCUCUGCACAAGCAUUGAUGUUGUGCCACGGUAAAAGAAAUAAACGCUUCUUGUUGUGUCUCUCUGUAAAAGCCAAAAACGUUUAAGGCAAUUUCCCGCCGUUGUAAUGCCAUACGAAACGUCAUAUUGGUAAUUCGUUGUUUUGCCUUGUACGCCUUCUCCAGAAAUAUCCAACAGCAGCGAGUGGAUUUGUAUGGCUAGCUGGAAAGCUUUGCCUCGACGUAACAAAAAGAGGAAAACAACAUAGACUCCAGGAAAAAGGGGUGGUAAAUACCCAUAACCGCCCUCUAAAUCUUCUGCCGCUGUAGCUGUUGCUGACGUCGCCGUCGCCGUCCCUCUCUAUAAUGGUGGUUGCUGUUUGCUGCUGGAUAUUUAUGAACAUCGUUGUGUCUUAGGCUAUGUGUGAGUGUGUGUGUGUGCGUGCUAAGUGAAUAUAGAUUUUUUUUGGGUAUCUCCGGCGGGCGGCGCGUUUCCGUUUUCCCAGCCUGACUGCAUUGUCAUUCGUUUAUGGUUACUCGUAAAGCAGACAACAGACAAAACAAAUACCGCUCGUUUAACCUCAUUACCAAUCAAUCCCCAUCAGAAUUGAUACAACAAUCCGUGGGCCACCACACAUCAGACGCUCGGAACAAAAGUCACUCAGUCAGUUAGUCCGCCAGUUAGCUAGUCUAGUCUUGUUAGCGAAAUUGCCAUCAUUUUGGAUUCACUCUCUGUCUCUGUGUGUUGUCGCCUGUCUCCUCCGUGUGUAGAUCAAAGCGAACGAAGCUCAUUCAUUCUAAUUACCCCCGGCUGGAUUAAAUUAUUAAAACAGUUAAGCCGUCGUGGAUUUGGACUCCAAAGCUUUUUAAGUUAAUAACAACAACAACAACAACGACAGCAGCAGCAAAAAAGAAAAUACAAAAAAUAAAAUAGCAACAAAAACAAACAAGUUUACAAAAAAAAAAAAAAAAAAAUUGUGCCGCGAUUAAGUGAUUAUGAAUCACAAUUCCCCAGCAGCAGUGAAAGUGUGGUGAAAACAAAAGAAAAACCCCAAAACGAAAUCAAAUUGAAUUAAAUUGAAUAACAAAAACAAAAACCAUGCAAACGAAUAAAACAAAUCAAAACACAAAUCAAUAAAUCGUUGAAAUCCUUUUUUUUUUCAAAUAUUGGAUAAAAAUCAUCUGCAAUAAUUUGCUGUUUAUUGAAUAACUUUAAAGCCGGCGUAAAGAAAAUUCCAACAAUUCACUAAAACGAAAUUCUGCUAAACGUCAAUAACUCAAACAAAAUUCCAAAGAGAUUAAACAAGGCGUUGGGUCAUAAAAAUCAAUCAUUAACCGGCCAUAAAAUAAAACAUUAAAUAUUUAAAAAAUAUAUGCAAAACAAAAGUCAUAAAAAUUUAACGCCAACGCCUUCUCGUCUUCUCUGAUUAUAGUUCUUCUUCUGCAAGGAGACUAUAGCUGAAAAAAAAAGAAUUUUUGGAAAAAAGUGUAAAAUCGUGUAAAGAAAGAAAAAAAAAUAGAAGUGGAUUAAAGAAGAACAAAAAAAAAAAAACACAAGAAGCUACAUUAAUCUUUUGUAGAGAACACAAGAAAUACAUUCGAAAAGAUCUUGUUCGCAUAAUUCUUCAUCUCUUGGGUGUCUUGCAACGGCUUGAAAAUUGUAAACUUUACCCCAGUGUACGAUACCGGCCUCACCACGACGACUACAUUUUUGCAACACUUCAAGGACGUCGUCACGACGAAGUUCUCGGGCAGAGAUCAUCAUCUGCCUCCGUUACAUCCGCAUCACCAACAAAGCACCCUGCACGGCCACCAUCAGCCACACCAAGCUGUGGCUCAAGGAUUUUCCACCAUUUUCCCCACAUAUUUAGGUAUGGAUCGCGCCAGCGGCGGCAAUGCUGCUGGCGGUGGUCAUGGUGUAACAUCAGCACCGAUUGGCGUUGGGGUGGGCGGUGCCCUUAAUGGACUGGAAGCGAUGUCGGCCGAAUCGACUGGCCUGUGUCUGCAGGAUUUGGUUAGUGCCGGGACAGCGGCCGGCGCCGGAUCGGCCGGUUCAGCGGAGAGUGCCACCACAACCAGUACGGCAAUGAGUAGCGGCAGUACCACAGGCAGUUCAACUGUAAAUAGCAAUGCCUCCGUCGGUGGCGGCAGUGAUCAUAUGCAUAAUCAUCACAGUUUACAUGAUUCCAGUUCGUCGGUUAGCAUUUCACCUGCCAUUUCGAGUCUAAUGCCAAUUGGUAGUCUUGGCCAUUUGCAUCAUGGCGGUCAGGAUUUGGUUAGCGGUUAUUCGCAGCAUCCACAUCAUAGUGUCGUACCCCCGCAUACACCGAAACAUGAACCGUUGGAAAAGCUCCGAAUUUGGGCUGAGACCGGUGAUUUUCGUGAUAGUCAUAGUUCUAUGGCCGCCGUAGCAAAUGGUUUGGAACCAUCUCAUCUAAAUAAUUUCCAAAAUUCAUCGUCAGCAUCAUCGAAUCUGGCCAAUCGGAGUAGAGAUCGCAAAGAUGGUAACAAUCGCUCCCUCAACGAGACGACCAUUAAAACCGAAAACAUAUCAAAUUCCGGUCAUGAUGAGCCAAUGACAACGACCACCGAUGAACCGAAAAACGAUAAGAAAAACAAACGUCAGCGACGUCAGCGGACACACUUUACAUCGCAGCAAUUACAGGAGCUGGAGCAUACCUUUAGUCGUAAUCGUUAUCCGGAUAUGUCGACACGUGAAGAAAUUGCCAUGUGGACAAAUUUGACAGAGGCCCGCGUUAGGGUGUGGUUCAAGAAUCGUCGUGCCAAGUGGCGUAAACGUGAACGCAAUGCCAUGAACGCCGCCGUUGCUGCUGCCGAUUUCAAGUCCGGUUUCGGUACACAAUUUAUGCAACCCUUUGCCGAUGAUUCCCUCUACUCAUCGUACACGUAUAACAAUUGGACCAAAGUACCCUCACCGUUGGGCGCCAAACCGUUCCCAUGGCCGGUAAAUCAUUUGGGUUCGAUGGUGACGACCAAUCAUCAUCAGAAUUCGGUGAAUUGUUUUAAUACCGGUGCCAGUGGUGUGGCGGUUAGUAUGAAUAACACGAUGCUGCCCGGUACCAUGGGUACAACAUUGACAAAUAGCAAUGUUGGAGCUGCUCCCUGCCCAUAUAGUACACCUGCCAAUCCAUAUAUGUAUCGUGCAGCGGCAGAACCCUGUAUGACAUCGAGUAUGUCGUCGAGCAUUGCCACGUUACGUCUGAAGGCCAAACAGCAUACGACCGGUUUUAGCAGUCCCUAUUCGGCCCCAUCACCGGUAUCGCGCUCAAAUUCGGCGGGUCUUUCGGCAUGCCAGUAUACCGGCGUGGCUGAUGUUGUCUGAGAAAACGCCCUUGGGGCUUUGCUGAAUCAACACCAACACCAUUUGCAUAAUUUUUCUUCGGGUAAUCAUAGUGGUUCAAGCGGUAGUGGCGGAGGCGGCGGCGGCGGCGGUGGAGGAGGUAGUAACGGCAACCAUUGUGUUAACUUGAAUACAAAUCUACAACAUCAUUUAAAUCAUCAUGGCAACAACAAUUCCUUGCUGCACAACAACAACUUGUUGAUGGAUCACCAUCACGGUGAUGGCGGUGACAACAAAUCGCCGCAUGAUCAUCAACAUUCCGAUAUGGGUGGCAAUGGUGGUGGUGGUGGUGGAAAUGGUGGCAGCGGUAGUGGAGGCAGUUCGAAUGGUCUCAUGGGCUCCAAUGGCAACACUGAUGGCGGGGAAGACGACGAAGAUGUUAUCGACUAAAGCAAGUCCCUGGAAAAUUACAAACAACCGCCAAUCUCUCCACAGGGGGGGAAAUAUCAAAAUCUUAGAUUUAAGUUCUAUGGAAAUAUAGUUGAAAGAAAGGAGAGAAAUCAAUCAACGUGUUUUUUAGCAAAAAAGUAAUAAUUGUUAUUUGUAAAAAUCCAAAGAAAAAAAAUGAAAAAAAUCGACGUAAAUGAUAAAAAGCCCAAAAAAUCAGUCAUAAGUUCGUAGUUUUCUAAGACAAGAUAAUAAUAACGAAAUUGUAAUUUAUAAAAUAUGAGAUCAAAUGUUUUUGGAAACCGAUAAGAGAAGAACACAACCAAUGAUGCAACCCAGCGAAUUUUUCUUAAAAUGAAAACCGCUGACACAGAGUUGCCAUGUGUUUUUGUGUUUAGUUUCCAAAAGUAAUAAAUAUGGUAAAAUGUAUUUUUUAAAAUACUUAAAAAAAGAACAAUAACUACUUUAGAUCGUAAACAUAAUUUUUAUUUCAUUAUUUAACAUGAAAACCAAAGCAAACUAUAUUUAAAAUCAUGAUUUCAUUUAUUUUUCUGGUCAUAAUUUUCCGUUCAGUUGUGUUAAGCGUAAUUUAGUAGUCACAAACGAAAACCCCAAAAAUUGUAAAUAUUAAAGAAAUUUUUAGGAUAACAAUCCCCCAAAGAAGUAUCGACAACAAAACCAAAAAUUAUUUUAAUUUAUACCAAAAAAACAAAAUCAAUUAUUUAAAUAAUUUUUUUCUUUAGCAUUUCUUUUCUCAUUUUUCAUUACUCCCUUAGACGAUUUAUUUGCAUUUCUUUUCAUUAAUUUCAAAAAAAAAUGUAUUUCAAUUUUAGAUUUUUAUUCAAGAAAAAUACCUAUUUUCAAUAAUUUUAAUUUUAAGUAAUUUUUUAUUGUAAUUCGUGUUAUUGCAAAACCUAUAAAUAGACUUCUUAUCAUCUCUAUACAUAUUAUUAUUAUUAUUAUUAUUGUAAUUGUAAAACAAAUUAAAAAUAUGAAUAAUCGAAGAUAAAACCAAAAAAAAAAAAAGAUUAAAAUAUCUCUAAUAAAUCCACACAACAACAACAACAAUAAUAAAAACAACACAAACAAACAACCGUUUUUAUGAUGUUGUCUAGUCGUAUAAAAAAUUGAAAUAUAACAACAACAAAAUUAUUAAUAAUUCAAAUUAAUACAAAACAAACAAACCAAAAAAAACACAUGUCUAGUUUCUAAGGACUUUAAUCAAAACAACCACACAAAAAAAAAGGAAGAACAAUAAAAAUUUAAUAAAAAUCCAAAAA